GCGUUGUGCAUCUCCCUACUGAUCUCUGGCGUUGUGCAUCUCCCUACAGAUCUCUGAGGUAUCUACUUAACCGAAGUAUGGUAAUGCCAUAGGUAAUGCCACAGAAUAUCAUCUGGGCACUACACCAGUAAGCAUAUCCGAUUCUGUUACGGAAUCAUUCCCUUUUUAUCUUACAUUCCAUUAUUUUGCGAAACGUCAGAAUUAGUAAUGACUGCAAAUAAAUGCAUUAGAUAAGUACUGUCACAACAUACGUUGAUAAUCACAGAAUAGUUCUAAAUUAAAUUUAUUCAGUUAUGUUAGAGAACAUUGUAUAAGAAACUAUAGUGUCCAGAUAAAUUUGGAGCAGCCAAAAUGAGAGGAAUAUUAAUUUUCGAUCAUUUAAACGACGUGCUGUUUACAAAAUGUAACAAGAAAUUUACUAAACACAUUCAGAAACUUGCAAAAAUUCAAGGACUAGUAGUUGAAGGAAAGAUGGAUGGUGAAUGCGACCAGAAACUAAGUCCAAAUAUUAUAAUACAAUUGUUUUCCCCAAUUGUAACAUCACAGAAUAUUAUGGCUUCUCAGUUUGGCAAUUCAUAUACAUCAGUACGUUGCCAAGAUGGUACCAAUAUGGUAUUUGACGAUUUCAUGGGAUAUACAUUUAUGUAUAUUGCUAUAGAGGAUGUAGCGCUUAUGAAAAGAACUCUAGGGGUCUGUGUAUCAAUUGUUAGGCAUCUCUGUGGACCAGACGUAACUAUAUUGAAAUCCAGUAAACAAAAGGUAUCGUUAGUAUCUUCAUUAUUAGAUGCUUGGAUUCAUUUGAGGAAUUCUGAGCAAAGUGUCUUAAUGGAAGCAGUAGAACAGCUAUCAGUUAAUGCUGAUCUAGCUUCUACGACAUUAAAAGUUCUUCACGACGCCUCAGAUAAAUUAAAGACGCAAUCAGAAUUUUCAAAUGUUCAUGUACUGAUUUUAGUAGAACACAAAUUUUUAUCUUUAUAUUCAAGUAAAAAUGCACAAGAUCUGAGUGCAUCAGAUAUCUUAUUGAUGGUAUUAAUGUGCUGGGUUGCCAAUAGAAGAGGAAAAGGCACUGAAAUUGACACAUUCAAAGAUAAUGCUGAUGAUGAGGAUGAUGAUUUUCUUUUACCACAAAGCAGUCCUUCGGGUAAGGAAGAAGAAAGACAUUCCUUCACUGCUACAACAAAGUUAGCCAAUCCUACCUCUGAGGACAUUACUAAACUAUUCGGUGAUUCUAGAGACUCUUCUGUGAGUGAAGGUCUAUAUUCGUUUGCUGAAGAUGGUCUUUAUAGUCAACUGGUCCUUCUGGGAUCUGAACGUGGCUAUACAGCCAAUGCAAUACAUAUUUCUGAAUUAUCAGAAGGUAUAAACCUAGUAACUAUAGUAGAAGUGACGAACUUGGCCACAUCAUCUGGACUCUAUGACAGUUUUUAUCAUUUGAAUAUCAUAAAUGGUUUACAACUUCAGAGAGACAUAGACGAAUUGAGACCAGCAUUUGAUAAUUUAGAUGGAGCACUAAAAAAAGCUUUAGAUGGGAUAAAAAAGAAUCGAGCACAUGUCAGUAACGACGUAGACAUGUGCCAAAGAAGAUUACAAGUGAAAUGGGAAUUUGUGCGUAAGAAAUACAUGGAUCUGUUAAAAUCAAGAGAUCCGGAAUCAAUUCUUCAAAUCGAAUCCAAUACCUCAGGCUUUAUCGAGACUAUGAAGGAGCUAUUUCGACUGACUUGUUUUGAUAACAAUUUUUUGAAACAAGGUACAGAUGUGAUAGUCACUGUAAGCAGACUGGUGCGACAAAAACUUAAUGACUUCAGUGAUUUCCUUAAAGUCAAGGCUCUCAAGAAUUUCACUCUUGGAUCGAGAACUUCCCUAACGAUCAACAAAUAUUUGGAAGAAUUUCCGGGCCUUGUGCACUUCAUAUAUAUUGACAGGACAACGCACAGGCUAACAACGCCAACGUUAGAUUUUACCAAUCCAGAAACUUUAGCCCUCACCACGAAAAAGAUUUGGGCAAUGGUCGAAAAUAGUAGAUCACAUUUGCAAGAGGGGCAUUUGGCAGUUAUGUGGAAAGAUACGACAUUUAAUUAUUCAUACUUUUUAUGGUUCGAAGAUAGUUCGGGUUCACCGCUUAAAUCCAAGGCCUAUUUAAAUCACAUAAUGAAGACCUUUCCCAUACCUGGAAUACUUUGCGGAGAUUAUUAUAGAAAACUCGUGGAGGCAUGUUUUCCAAAGCUCUCUCCAAAUAAAAUACGCGUCUACGAAUUGUAUUGUGUGCAUCUAGGUUUAGCGACGUCCUCAUGCGUCCUAGAACAUUCAAGAAGACUUGCAGCUACUAUUUGGGAGGUUACAGGAUUACCUAAUAAUCCAGCAGACAUUCUUUAAUCAAAUUGCCUCCACCCAAUAUUUCGUGUUCCAUUAAUGUAAUUGUUAUGAGUGUAACGGUGUCAGCCUUGGCAAUGAGAUUGUUCAUACGGCAAUAUAAUUAGGUGCGAGGUUUAUUUAAGCAUUCCAUAACUCCUGUAUCCUUGCAGUAUUUACAAACUACCAUUAAAAAAAGGUCUUAUGCUUCCAUAAA